CGGAAUACAGUGUGGUGCGCAUGGUCCGUCGUCCGUUCAGUAUAAAACCGGCGAGACAGCCGAUCACUAGAUUGCGCAGGUUUUAUUCUAUAAGAGAGUCAAUUCUUAAGACAAUUAAAAAACAUGAAGCGGAUAGCAUAAGAAUUAUAAUGACUACAUAUAAGAAACAUAAACGAAUACUUAGUAAUCAGCAAAUUAUAGAACCAUACUAUACUAUUAGAUACCUAUUUAUAUUUGUCACAACAUUAGCGUCAGUGACGGUGUAUCACAUUCAUCAAGAGCUAGUGAGGCCGAAACUUGAACAUUUGGUAGUUUACGAAAAUUUAACUGAUCGUGAUCCAAGAGUUACUUGUCAGUUUCCUAUACUUAACCCAUUUGAUUCAUCUAUUCUUAAAUACGUAUUCGUACCCAAGCCUAUAAGAUGUAUGGAGAGGUCCUAUCGUUUGACUUACAUCGACAUGGAUACUGGGCUUCUACAGUUCAAUAUGUCAGGAUUCAAAGAGUCUGGUUAUUCCUUAACCUCAAAUACGCUCCAUUGUUAUUAUCAAGAAAUUUAUCGUCCAAAUGAUGAUGAUUUCCACGUGGAGUAUGGACCACAAAUUCCCAUCACUGGUUUUCACGAACCUCUUACGGAUUUUAUAUACGUAUCAUGCACUAAUUUAUUUGGCAUUACUGUGUAUAAUAACUUUCAUGCAUAUGCUAGAAGAAGGCCAGAAGUUAGGAAAUUUAAAGACGAUAUGGAACUAGGUGUAGCCGUAAUUGGAAUCGAUUCCAUUUCAAGAUUAAACUUUAUGAGACAAAUGAUGAACUCUUAUAAUUUCAUAACCAAAGAGAUGAAUGGUGAUGUGAUGCAUGGUUUCACCAAAGUAGGUGAAAACACAUUUCCAAAUGUGAUUCCGAUGUUAACUGGCCGAUCAUUCAUCAUGGAACAUAACAAUAAGUUUGAUGACUGGCCAUACAUAUGGAAGGACUUUAGUAAAGAAGGCGCUGCGACUCUAUAUGCAGAAGACCAGCCAGAAUUCAACAUGUUUGACUAUUUAGCUAGAGGAAUUACUUUACAGCCAACUCUGCAUUACAUGCGUUCAUAUUGGUUAGCUGUGGAACAGUCGAUGUUAUAUAAGAUGAGCUCACCUGGUUGCCUUGGACCAACGCCUAAACAUCUUAUAUAUUUUGACUAUUUGAAAUCAUUCCUAAAAGUCUAUAAAGACUCUCCAGUUUUCUUAUUCUCGCUUUUUAACGAAGUUAGUCAUGACUUUGUCAAUACUGUUGGGGUGAUAGAUUUAGAUUAUAUGAAAUUCCUUAAGACUUCUCUCCACGAAGGGCUUUUUAACCGAACUGUGAUUUUUGUGCUCGGUGAUCAUGGCAACCGUAUGGAUUUCAUUCGGCGAACUAAAGUUGGAACCAUAGAGGACCGAAUGCCAAUGGUCACCGUAGUACUUCCAGAAUGGAUAAGCAUGAAGUAUCCAUCUUGGAAAGAAUCCCUCCGUGAUAACCGUAUGAGACUGACAUCCACCUAUGAUAUUUAUGCUACAUUCAGACAUAUAUUAAGUACAUUGAAUAAUCAAAACAAAUCAACUGAUAUCAAUGAAUAUUUACUAAACAGUAUCCAAGACAAAAACGUUAAGAAUCAUUUUUCAGCUACUAGUGCCGGCUUAUCAUUGUUAGAACCCGUUCCAUUAGUUAGAGAUUGCAAUGCCGCCGGUGUGGCUCAAUGGCUGUGUGUUUGCCACGAAGGUCAACAAAAGCGACUUGAUUCAAAACACCCAUACAGUAUUGCAGCAUCAAAUGAAGUCAUAAGAUAUUUUAAUAAACUAUUGGAUGGUCUUGAAAAUUGUGCUGAAAUUAAAUUGGCUUUUAUUGAGGAAACAUAUUUGUACGAAGCACCACAAAAAUACGACGAUGGUAAAGUGUACGAAAAAUCUGUUCAAAUAACAUUUAAAGCCACACCAGGUAAUGGAUACUUUGAAGCCACACUAGGUAUAGAAAUAAAUAACGGAUCCCAAACAUUUGAAGUUAUUGGGCAGGUCUUUCGAAUUAACAAAUAUGGACAUCAAGCAGACUGUUUACCUAGAACAAUGCUCGCUAAAAUGCCAAUUUUGAAAGGAAUUUGUUAUUGCGAUUAAAAAAUGUAUAAAUGUACUUACAUUUUAUAAUUUAUUAAGUAUUACUCAACUGUACAUACAAAUAUUAAUUA